UUUAAUCUGUGAUGAGUUUAAUGUGGACACUGGACAUUGUUUGGUUACGCUAGCCCGCUACUAUAACUGUUAUUAUUUUUCAGUUAAAAGUAAAUUUAUUUUGAAACUUGUAACAUACUCUUCUAAACAAUGCCUAAAGUUCGCCGCAGUCGUAAACCUCCACCAGAUGGUUGGGAAUUAAUCGAACCGACCCUUGAGGAAUUAGAACAGAAAAUGAGAGAAGCUGAAACCGAACCACAUGAAGGGAAAAGGAAACAAGAAUCACUUUGGCCCAUCUUCAAAAUACAUCACCAGAAGUCACGCUACAUAUAUGACUUAUUUUACCGACGAAAAGCUAUCAGUAGAGAAUUAUAUCAAUAUUGUUUAAAUGAAAAAAUUGCAGAUGCAAAUCUAAUAGCCAAAUGGAAGAAGACUGGUUAUGAAAAUUUAUGCUGUCUGCGAUGUAUACAAACUAGAGAUACAAAUUUUGCCACAAACUGUAUAUGCAGAGUGCCAAAGAGUAAGCUAGAGGAAGGUAGGAUUGUUGAAUGUGUGCAUUGUGGCUGCCGAGGGUGUUCAGGAUAGUAUAUCUACACAUGUGUAUAAGUACAUUACAGUGUUAAUGUAUAUGUUACUGUAAAAGCUCCAACUAUGAUAUGAAAAUAUGAGUUGGUAAAUGUAUUUCUGAAAAAAGAAUAAUUUUUACAUGAUUUUACCGUUUGAAUUCAGUAUAUGCUAGGUUUUACUGCAGUGGGCUGGUAGGAGUUGGUUUCAGUAAUAAAACAAUGAGUCAUUCAUAUUAUUUACUGCAAUUAAUCUAACUAACCCAUUUUGGACAUCUACAUUUAGGAAUUGGUAAAACUUAGGUCUUACAGGAAAAUCUUUAGAUUUACAGUUUGAGCUUUUACAGUAAUAAGACACUACAAUAGACUUGUUGAUAUAAAAUUUGUCUCUUUCUAAGAACACUAUGCCUAGUCUAAGUUGGCAUUUGGACCUCCAUAGCAUUAACAGCUUUCCAUCCAUAAAUCAUCGCACAUUAUAGUAUAAACACUGAAUAUAGAAUGAAAAAAGGGGCAGUUUUAAAUGUAUUGACAAUACAAAUGUGGUGUAUGGAUACAGAUGUUAUUAAAAUGAGAGAUUCUCAUUGAAAUGACUUUUUUAUAAUAUCCUCAUGACUUGAAACUAGUACUGGGUGUAAAUUGUUGUACACAAGUGUUAAAAAUUCAAUUUAAAAAAAAUUAUGUAUGGUGACAUUUCAUACUUGAAAUGUUACAUUUUCAUUCACAUAUCCAUUUCCGAAAUUAUGUGGAAGACUUAACAAAUGUACUUUAAUUUUAAUUUGUUAGAGCAGGCAUUUCCACUUGGUACAAAAUUCCUUUUCACACCUCGACCUAUAUUUGUACAAUAUUCUCGGUGAUGAUAAGGACAUUAUCAUUACAUUAUACAUUUUCUUACUUUGAAGAGAUCUUUUUUUACAAUUCAUUUUUCAUUCAUAAGAGAGUAUUGGAAAUCUGUAAAAUUUUUUUAUUAUACUGUCGAAUGUUACCCUUAUGAAUAAUGAUGGACAAAAUAAAACACCUUAUAACAAUAUUA